ACUUACGAUUCUAAGACCAAGUCAGAGACUGCACUGCUUUUGGCCCAGGAAGCGAAGAAGCAGAGAUCCGUGUUUGCACCGGCUGAACUAAUCUAGAUUGCACAAUUAAAGUACCAGCGAACGCCGGGCUCGAACUAAGGUCUAUCCCUCUUUCUCUCUCUUCCUAGUCAAUAAUAAUGCGCUCUCUCAAGGAGUAGUUUUCAAUCACAAACCCAUGUAUUUUUAUUAGCUUCAUCGUUCAUCUCAUUAGAAACUUUUCCUUGAAGUUUUCUCUCCAUGAUUUUCAACUUUAAGAAAUCUACAGCCAAAGCAGUUAAACUCUCCUAUAAAUACAAGGUCCAGAGUCUUCCCUUCUUGAACUUCCAGAGGUACAGUUAUGUGAAUGUGUGUAUGAAAUGGAAAAAGGAUUCGUACUUUGACUCAAUUGAGCACAUCCAUGAGUCCAUUCAGCUCAAGCCUAUCAUUGCCCUGAAAAACUGCAUUGUCCGGGAUCCCAAUGGGUGCAUUCCUAUCUCCACAGUGUCAAAGAGGGGGUUAGAGUUAGAUGUGCCCGUGAAGGUUGCAAGAUUUCUGAGGCAAUAUCCGUCCAUCUUUGAGGAGUUUACUGGUCCCAAAUACAAUCUUCCUUGGUUCAGGUUGACACCGGAAGCUGCUGAGAUUGACAAGGAUGAGAAGAGAGUAUAUGAAGAAUGCAGAGGGGAGUUAAAGGCCAGGUUGAGGAAGAUGAUAUUGAUGACCAGAGAGAAUGUGCUACCUUUGAAGAUAAUUCAAGGGAUGCAAUGGUAUUUGGGGUUGCCUAAUGAUUUUCUGCAGUACCCUGAGCAAAAUCUUGAUGAAUCUUUCAAGUUUAUAGAGAUGGAAGAUGGAUUGAAAGGGUUGACUCUUGACAGUGGAGAAAAGAUUUAUUCUGCAAUGGAGAAAAAUGCCAUGAAAAGAGGUUUGUACACUGGGGGUCCAAUGGAAGCCAUUGAAUUUCCAUUUUACCCAUCAAAGGGUUUACGGUUGAGGACAAAAAUUGAGAACUGGCUAAAUGAAUUUCAGAAGCUUCCUUAUAUUUCACCUUAUGAUGAUAUUUCAAGCUUCCAUCGAAAUAGUGACAUAGUUGAGAAAAGACUUGUAGGAGUUCUUCAUGAACUACUUUCCCUUUUUGUUGAGCAUUCAGCCGAGAGGAAGAAGUUGUUUUGCCUCAAGAAGUAUUUUGGUUUGCCACAGAAAGUGCAUAAAGCGUUUGAGCGACAUCCCCAUAUGUUUUAUCUAUCUUUCAGGAACAAAACCUGUACAGUCAUUCUAAAGGAAGCUUACAGAAGUAACUCAGCUAUUGAGAAGCAUCCUCUAUUGAGGGUAAGGAAGAAGUACAUCAAGUUGAUGAAGGAAUCAGAAGUGAUUUUAAGGAACAGGAGGGUGAAGAAUCGAUUUUAUAAUUGUAAUGCAGAAUUGGAUUUAGAUUCAAAUAAUCUAAAUGAAAGGGGACAUGAUAUGACAAGUUGCUCUUUGGAACAGGUUAUGUGAAGAUUUAUAAAAGCAGACUUGAGGUAAACAUGAAAUUCCUCAAUUUUCUUUUUCUUGCUUAACAGCCGCCAAAAGCCUUCUUCCUAGGAGAAAGCCUUUCUUUUUCACUCCCCCUUCGUAAUCCCCCCAAUCUACCUACUCACACACCAAACAAAAUUCCUACUAUUGCAUGGGUCUCACUGAUUCUAUCAAGCAACCAACAUAUAUCCAUCAUCUAUGCUCCAAAACAUGUCACACGAACACCCUUCUUCCUCUGACUUGAACACCAAGUUCUUGUUCCGAUAUUAGGAACAGAAAAAGCGGGUGCAGCAGCAUUGUUGGGCCAAUAAUCGGGGACAACUACCAAGGCCAUUUAACUGCCAGUCCGACGAGCCAAUGGUGGAGCAUAUGGUAGCAGCAGCUGCCUGGAGCACAUGCACUUCAUCUUCUGAGUUACCUACCAUAUCCAAUCACCAUACUGUUACUCACCCUCCUCACAAUGAUAAAUAUUUCAUGGGGCAUCAUAAAUUACGAAUCACAUACUUUUAAUUUAUUUUUUUAAAAACGGCUGGAAUGAAAUUUUGUGGAAGUUAUCACGGUGAAGUUUUAGAGAGAAAGUAGGGUUUGGGAUGAGUUAGGUUAUUGUGUUCCUUGUGCUUUCCAGAUCAGUACUGUUCGAAUAGACCAUGGAUUUAAAGAAAUUUUAUAAAAGGUCUUUAGAAAUGUAUUUACCAUGUACAGUGAUAUAAAAUUAUAUGUCUAUCAACUAACAUAUAUAUGUAUUUACCAUGU